AUGGCUUCUCCUCAGAAAAUCCGCACCCCCAUCACGGAUCUGUUCAAGAUCAACCACCCCGUUCUGCUGGCUGGCAUGAACGUGGCGGCUGGCCCUCAGCUCGCUGCUGCCGUCACCAACGCCGGCGGUCUCGGUGUCAUUGGUGGUGUCAACUACACGCCCGACAUGCUGCGCGACCAGAUUAACGAGCUCAAGGAGCACUUGAAGGACAAGAAGGCGCCGUUCGGCGUCGACCUGCUGCUUCCUCAGGUUGGCGGCAACGCCCGGAAAACCAACUACGACUACACCAAGGGCAAGCUCGACGAGCUGAUUGACGUUGUCAUCGAGUCCGGCGCCAAGCUGUUUGUCUCCGCCGUCGGUGUGCCCCCCAAGCACGUUGUCGAGCGCCUGCACAAGCACGGCAUCCUGUACAUGAACAUGAUCGGCCACCCCAAGCACGUCAAGAAGUGCCUGGACCUUGGUGUCGACAUCAUCUGCGCCCAGGGCGGUGAGGGCGGUGGUCACACCGGUGACACCGCCACCACCAUUCUGAUUCCCGAGGUCGUGCGCCUCUGCAAGGGCCACAAGUCGCCCCUGACCGGCCUUCCUGUGCAGACCAUCGCUGCUGGCGGCAUCUACAACGGCCAGACCGUGGCCGCUGCCCUGAUGAUGGGCGCGUCUGCCGUCUGGGUCGGCACCCGCUUCAUCCUGACGGACGAGGCCGGUGCUCCCGAGUCGCACAAGGAGGCUGUCCGCACCGCCGGCUUCGACGACACCAUUCGCACGCUCAUCUUCACGGGCCGCCCCCUGCGCGUGCGCAAGAACCCCUACAUUGAGCACUGGGAGACCGAGCGCCAAGAAGAGCUGCGCGAGCUCACCAGCAAGGGCAAGCUGCCCUACGAGGCUGACCUGGACAAGGUCCUGGCUGGCGAGCUGACCACGCCACCCUCGGGCCUGGACAUCGGAAAGAAGGAUGGCGCCAGCGAGGAUGACGAGGUCGAUGUGGAUGAGCUGAUGGACCAGUUCCGGCCGUUCCUGAUGGGCCAGUGCGCGUCUGUCGUCAACGAGAAGAAGCCUGCCAAGGCCGUUGUCGACGAGCUCGUUAACGAUGCCGUCACUGCUCUGACCCAGGGCAACAAGCUGAUUGCCAAGCUGUAA